AUGAACCUGAGUCGAUCCUAUUCAACCCUCUCACGCGCGCGAAAGGGUAUGCGGAAGAUGGUAUUGGGUAGUCCAAUUGCUGCAACGAUAUUGACCCAGCUGAAUGGAGGACAGAUGUGCAUUGGGAUCGGCAAACGGUGGGACUGCUACACAUGGACUCUCUCGAGAUCGGACCGUACAGCGAGUACACAUCUUACUGCACCGCACCGUGACCCCGACGACCAUGAGGAUCUUUUGCUUUGUGGUUUGAUAUUCUUUAGUCUCAACGGAAGCCACAGGGCAAAGGGCAAAGAGCAACGAUAUAAACUGCCUUGCGAGCUCCACAUGUCGAAGGCUUCCAUUCAGGGGAACAAGGUCAAGUAA